CUAUCCAAGUUGACUACGAUCUUUACUUCAGCGAUCCAACACGCAGUAGUGCAAUGCAAGUUAUUCCAUUCUUUACUGGAGCUAAGAAGAGCUUAACGAUCGCAAUGUGGGUGCAAUUCACUCAGCGCGACGAAGCUGGAAUAUUCUUUACCUUAUACGCCGUCAGCUCUCCUCAUGUACCUACUAACCGCAGACCAAUGCUACAAGCACACAGUAACGGUGUCCAAGUUUCCCUAUUCCACGAUUUACAAGACGUUUACUUGCCAUUUAGAGAAUAUGCCACGAUCAACGAUGGCCAAUGGCAUCACGUUGCCGUUGUUUGGAACGGUGAUAACGGUGGCGAAUUGACACUUAUUACAGAAGGUUUAAUCGCUAGUAAGACCGAAGGAUAUGGUAGUGGAAGAACUCUACCUUCUUAUGCGUGGGCGGUGUUGGGUAAGCCGCGCAGCGAAGUCGGCAAAGGAUACACCGAGUCCGGCUUCCAGGGUCACCUCACGAAAAUUCAGAUCUGGGACCGAGCGCUUCACGUAACGAAUGAAAUUCAAAAACAAGUACGAGACUGCCGCACCGAGCCCGUCCUUUAUCAAGGGCUCGCGUUAACCUGGACGGGCUACGACGAGACCAUCGGUGGAGUCGAGCGCAUAGCCCCAUCACACUGCGGUCAACGCGUCUGUCCACCGGGCUACGGAGGCAGCAAGUGCCAACAGCUCGAAACCGACAAGAUACCACCAAAGAUCGACUACUGUCCCGGCGAUUUGUGGGUUAUCGCAAAGAACGGGUCGUCGAUUGUCACGUGGGACGAGCCCAAGUUUAGCGACAACGUGGGGAUAGUAAGAGUUCAGGAAAAGAGUGGACAUCGAUCCGGACAGACUCUCUUAUGGGGUGCUUAUGACAUUAGCUACGUAGCGUACGAUCAGGCUGGAAAUUCUGCGAGCUGCAGCUUCAAGGUUUACGUGCUGUACGACUUUUGUCCGGAACUGCCUGAUCCAAUUGGUGGAACACAGCAGUGCAAGGAUUGGGGCUCGGGUGGUCAAUUCAAGGUUUGUGAAAUUUCUUGCAAUCCAGGACUUCGAUUUGCUCAAGAAGUGCCAAAGUUUUAUACGUGUGGAGCCGAAGGUUUCUGGCGCCCCACUACCAAUCCUGGCUUACCACUUAUCUACCCAGCUUGCACAAGCUCUUCGCCAGCACAGCGUGUUUUCAAAAUUAAGAUGAACUUCCCAACUUCCGUGCUUUGCAACGAGGCUGGACAAGAAGUAUUGAAACAGAAAGUCAGACAUGCCGUUAAUUCAUUGAACAGAGACUGGAACUUCUGUUCUAAUUCAUUCGAAGGGACGCGCGAAUGCAGAGACCUGAACAUCAACGUCCAAUGCGAUCAUCGUACGCGUUCGGCGAGACAAGCCCAUGACGAAGAUGCCGGAACAUAUACAAUCUCCGUUGAUGUUCUUGCAGAACCGUAAGUUAUUCCUUACCAUUGUACACCUCUGA